GGGAUUUCCUGGUAAACAUUUCUGUCCUUACUGUUUAGCACAGAAUACAGCUGCAUAGAGGUUUUGUCAGCAGAAGGAGCAUGAUUUGUUAUGGCACAAUAUUCGGCUGAAAAAAAGAUAAGAGGCCAGACCGGGAUCUCAAAAAUGUCUGAUCCAAGGAACCAUCCUGAAUGGACAACAAAUGGGAUUUAUACAACGAACAACAAUUCUUCACAUUCCCAGACUAUGACUGUUAAGAUAACCAUGAAUGGAACUAAAAUGGAGAUCACCGCAAAGAUAGAUCCUCAUUCCUUUUAUACCAUCCUGAAUGAGCAUCCAGGAAAAAGCCUCUUGGGAGAUGAAAUAGAAAUUGCUACAAAAAGCGGAAAGAAAAAAGCAUAUGGAAAUAUUGUCACAGGAACUAUUCAUAUUGAUGACCGACCGACUUCUGAGCAGAUCAUAUAUGUGCGCACCUUCCCGAAAACUGUAAUCGGGUGGAAGCAGCUCCGUGAUCUGGGGUUGAUGCAGGCCGACACAGACACAGAUUUUGUUGUUGAUGUCCCCCCUGUGCGAAUAGAGGGGAGAACAGAUCCCGGCUAUUUUCAUCAGGGCUAUUUAUACAAGCCUCUGAUAGAUGAUGCAAGAAGAGUCAUUGCUAGUUGGGUGAGAAAGGGGUUAAUAGAACGCUGCAAUAGUGUCUGCAACGCCCCUAUUUCUCUUAGUACCAAAUCUAAUGGAAAGGUCAAAAUUCAUUUCAAGUUUCGGGACUUAAAUGAAUGUUCAGAGGAGGAGCCUCCCCAUCCAAAGUUCCAUGUUGUAAAAGCGAUUGAAGCUAUAACCCUGGGAAAGUAUUAUUCGGUUUUCAAGCUUUACUAUGCAGAAUGGCAAAUUCCUCUAGACACAUACACCAAGUACAAAACCGCCUUCACUUUUAUGGGCAAGCAAUAUGUCUGGAACAGGUUACAGGGAAAGUAUAAAAACACCAUGAGUAGACUUAGUGAAGCUCUGGAGAAGGUCCUUGAGCGGUUGCCCCAGAACCUGUGGAAACGUGUGACCUACUACACAGAUACUUUCUUAAUAUCUGCAGAAACCAAGGAGGAAUGCGACACAUUCACAUAUAAGCUAAUGCAUCACCUGCAGGGCAGCGGCUUCGAAAUAUCCCAAACACAGAAGUCUAAGCCUAUAGUGUCCUUUUUAGGUAAAGAAAUAAGUGAAGAUGGAAUAAGGCAGGGUAAGGAUUUUAUACAGAAGGUAAAGAAUAUUAAAUCGCCGAGAGAUUCACAUGAAUUAAAAGAAAUCCUUGGCCUUUUAAAUGGCGCCUUCGCCUAUACUCCCGGGUUCAGCAUUCUCAGUCACAGACUGUAUAAACUAACCAGCAAUAAACAUAAAUUUCAUUGGGAUGAAAAAUCCGAAUCUGCAUUGGGUCUUCUGAAGAAACAAGUCCUACUCAAUAGAUUUGUGGUUCCUGCUUUAACCACAAAAGAGCCGUGUACUGUUGAGAUAUUUGUCAAGGAAGGAGCCUGGAUGGCACAGAUCCUAAACAGCACCAAGAAACCCUAUCGUUUUGACAGUGGUGUACUCCGACCUACCAAGAAAGCCGAGAUCUUUGCAAUUCAGGAGCUCAAAGCCAUGAAACAUGUCUGGAAUAAACAUAGGCAUGUCCUGGAAUGUAGAGACGUAGAAUGGGAGGUGGAAAGUCAAGAAAUUGCAGGCUACGAGGACGACCUUGACAGCGUUCCAAAAAGACAAUCACACAAUCUGGACUUCCUCAAGACACCGGGAUGCAAGAUCAAAGUUGUCCAAGGUGAACGUAAACCACCGAUUCCAUGGCCACAGAAUCUGUGAAAGUCCAACCAAGAAUUUAUCUACCCGAAUGACUUUCUAUAUUUUAAAUAAGUGCAUUUAAGAAAGAUAUUUCUGGUGGAAGGAUCCUGCUGCCAAAGCCUCCUGUGAGGGUCAAUAAUAGCGCCAUGAUUUUCAAUGAGCCAUGAAUGGUAUUAUAACUAAGCCCUUUCCUCAUUAAAGGAGGGGAAGCUGCUAUACAGUGCUAUAACAUAAGAUAUUAAUUGGUUCCAGGAGAACCAUCAUAUGUUGAAACUAUCAUAUGUCGAGUACAUAUGUCUAUGUAAAAAUGGUAAUUGGUUCUGGGGCCUCGGAACCAUUGUAUGUUGAAUACAUAUCUCUAUGGGAAACUGCUAAUUGGUUCUGGGAUGACCAUUGUAUGUGGAGUGUAUGGGGAGUGUUUAAAAAACCAGGGUGCCUCCAGCUGUUGCACAACUACAACUCCCAGCAUGCAUGUACAGCCAUUGACUGUCUGGGCAUGCUGGGAGUUAUAGUUUUGCAACAGCUGGAGGCACACUGAUAGGGAAACAUUGAUGUAUGGGGUGUAUAGUGUGUCUAUGUAUUGUAUAUGAUGUGUGACAUUGCAUACAGUACUGUACAGUUCUUUAAAUACCUUCAGGGGGGACAGAAAGUCCUC